AUGGGAGACUAUUUUACCUUCUUCGUUUUUUUCUUGUGCAUUCUCCCAGCUUAUGCCAAAACAACCGCUAAACCAAAAAUUUGCUGGAACACACGGUGGUUCAACAGUUUUAUUCCCACAGAAACAAACAGGUCAGAUUACGAACACCAGUCGGCAAAAAUUUUAGACUCCCUCUGUGUCAAUGGUUCUCCAAUUGCAGCUCAAUGUAAAGACCAAAAGGGAGAACCCUUUUCCGGCUACAAGAACGACACCGUUGGCAAAUUUAUCGCUACAUGUAACGUUGUCGUGGGUCUGAUAUGCAAUCCUUACAACAACACAGUAAAUGAAACGUGUCCUGAUUAUCAAGUACAGUACGGCUGCAACUGUCCAAAAACAACUGCAACCGGGAGUAAGAUUACUGGUGGAAAGACUACCAUUAUGCCAGGAAAAGGAACAAUUGGGACUAAUGCUGGAGUCAGUACUACUAUCUCCGGAAGCGGAAGUGGAAAUCCUGGUUCCCAAAAUACCGGAAGUGGCACAGGACAUAGCGCAACUGGCCAGCAACUAGGACAAAGCGGAAACAGUGGUCAAAACCUCGGAAUCAGUCAAAUAGUGCUGCUUUUAUAUUUAAUUAUGAUAAUUUCCUGUUGAUUUCUGUUGUGCUUUGAAGACUUCACACCCAAAAACACUAUUAAAAUUGUAACUUACAACUUCCAUUUGAUUUUGAUGAGUUUAAUACAGAUGUUUUGCUUUGAAAACAAACGUGAUCGUACAUCUUGAGAGCGAAAGGUCACGUGUCAUUGCAUUUUUUCUACAGGUUAUGUAUAAAGACACUGAUUAAAAAAACAAUCAGUGACAUCAAGGCAGUAGUUCGUUGAAUUGGAUUCUAAUGCUAAAUUACUAUUGAAGUAGGAUACAAAUAUUAAAGAUAAAUUAAAAUCUGUAAAUUGUCGAAAAAGAACAACUGAUUUUAUCGAGACUUAUCAAUUUAUUGCAGGAGAAAUGACAACAUACGGAUAAUGUAGAUACGUCUUUAAUGAAAAAUUGAACACCCUUUGGAAUAAUAAAUGGUACUGCCCAAAUUUAAUGUCGGACCAGUUUAUUAAAUUUUUAGCAGGGUAAAUGUUAACUUGCUGACAAUAUUUUACGUUACCAAGAAGAAAUACAUGACAAACUCUUUUACUAUGUUUUAAGCAAUAUCUUGACACAAUGAUAAAAUAAAUCAAUUAAAGAAAAUAAUUUCAAAAAUAAUAAAAUAUAUAAAAGUGGUCAGCAUUUGUAAGAAAGCCUGCUGAGUUUAAUUUCACUGCUUUAAACUUGAUGGUGUGUAUUAUGUAAAGUUUUUUGUUUGCAUUGGGUUUUCUAAUAUUACGGUAAUUUCAUACCUAUAUCAUGGUAUAGACAUAGAACCUCAUAUUUUGAAAGAUGAAACCAAAUAAAAUAAUGUUUAGAAAUCGAUUUCUAUGUCCUCCAAAUAAAGAUAUGUGAAGUUUUAAUGCAAAUUUUGUUUAUAUCAAUAAUUGAAAACUUGAGUUGUCGUUUGUACCUGUGUUUUCAAAGAAUGGCAAUUCUUACUCAAUGUAUGGGUAUUAAAACAUUGUUACCUUGAACAACUUGUAUUGGUCUACUUAGUCAUGAAUUUUAGAAAAAUGUGCACUUUAUACAUGAAUUUACACUCGGCCAAUUCCUUAGUACAGAAGUAAAAUUUCGUGCAUGCGCAUUCUAGGACAAAAAGAAAUGGCCACAUAAUCAAAACUGAUUCAAUCAAUUUGCCAAUAUGAGUCUGUGAUAUAAUAAAUAACCAAUACAGGACAAAGGACAAUUGUAGAAUAUACUAGAAUAAAUAACUAUAUUCAAAAGAAAAAUGUUUCACGUGUGUAAAAUGAUGUCUCGAAUGAAAUUGAAAAUACAUCUUAAUAUCGA